GUGAUGGUCUUCUCCACUAAAUUAGAAUUGUUUUUCUGUCUUCAGUUCCACCAGUCAUCCGAGUCUAUCCAGAGAGCCAGGCAAGGGAGCCAGGUGUGACCGCUAGCCUUCGGUGCCAUGCUGAAGGUAUUCCCAACCCACAGCUUGGCUGGCUGAAGAAUGGAAUUGAUAUCACUCCAAAGUUAUCCAAACAGCUAACUCUUCAAGCAAACGGUAGUGAGGUUCACAUUAGCAAUGUGCGUUAUGAGGACACAGGAGCAUAUACUUGCAUUGCAAAGAAUGAAGCAGGGGUGGAUGAAGAUAUUUCUUCUCUUUUUGUAGAAGAUUCUGCUCGAAAGACCCUUGCAAACAUAUUGUGGCGAGAGCAAGGUCUGGGAAUUGGGAACAUGUUUUAUGUUUUUUAUGAAGAUGGCAUCAAAGUAAUACAACCAGUGGAAUGUGAAUUUCAGAGACAUAUUAAGCCUAGUGAAAAACUCCUCGGUUUUCAGGAUGAAGUUUGUCCCAAAGCAGAUGGUGAUCCUGUUCAGCGGUGUGUAUGGGCAACUGCUGUUAAUGUAAAAGACAAGUUCAUUUAUGUAACUCAGCCCACACUGGACAGAGUUCUUAUUGUUGAUGUACAGUCUCAGAAAGUUGUACAGGCAGUAAGUACAGAUCCUGUUCCAGUGAAACUACACUAUGAUAAAUCACAUGAUCAAGUCUGGGUGCUGAGCUGGGGAAGCAUGGAGAAGAAUUCACCAACUUUGCAGGUGAUAACGCAAGCCAGUGGGAGUGUUUCUCAUCACACUAUCCAUACUCAGCCAGUGGGAAAGCAGUUUGACAGAGUGGAUGACUUUUUCAUUCCAGCUACAACCCUCAUCAUUACCCAUAUAAGGUUUGGAUAUAUUCUUCACAAGGAUGAGCCUGUGCUUCAGAAAAUUGAUCUAGAAACGAUGUCAUACAUCAAGACAAUUAGUUUAAAGGAUUAUAAUUGCAUUCCUCAUGCACUGGCUUAUACACAUCUUGGAGGAUAUCUUUUCAUCUGCUGUAAGCCUGAUACUACUGGGGCUGUCCUACCACAGCUUAUAGUGGAUAGUGUUACCGAUUCUGUGAUUGGAUACAAUGGGGACGUAACAGGCACACCUCAUAUCUCUCCAGAUGGACACUACCUUGUCAGCAUUGAUGAUGCAAAAGGUCUCAUGAGGAUCCAGUCCAUAACAACAAGAGGAGAAAUACAGGAUGCAUUUGACAUUCACACUAAUUUGCACAUAUCUGAUGUAGCUUUUCAGCCAUCAUUCACUGAAGCUCAUCAAUACAAUGUCUACUGCAGCUCCAGUACACAAACUGAUGUUCUCUUCAUGGAGCUCUCCUCUGGCAAGGUUAAGAUGGUGAAGAGUCUGAAGGAGCCUGUCAAGGCAGGAGAAUGGCCUUGGAACAGUAAGAACCGUCUUAUAAAAGACAGUGGCCUUUUUGGUCAGUAUCUCAUGACCCCUUCCAAGGAAUCUCUGUUUAUCCUGGAUGGACGGCUCAAUAAGUUAAAUUGUGAAAUCACUGAAGUUGAAAGAGGCAACACAGUAAUUUGGGUUGGAGAAGCAUAAGGAUCUGUAUUAGAUAUUUACUGAAUUAAUAGUUUUACAAUACAUUGCACUUAAAUUACACCAUUCUUCAAAUUUAAACAAUUCUAAUUUUAAAUCAUUAGACCAUUCUAUACCUGUUAUUUCUUUGACUUGAACACAAUUUGAAUCAACUUCCACAUAAAUGUUGCUACAAGAAUGGUUAUUUGAUAAUGGUAUUCUAUUAAUUAUCAGCUGAGAUUCUAUUGUUUGACUGAAAUGACUAAAUAUUGAAAUUGUUGAUAAAUGUAAUAAAUUGCUUUAAAGGAAGUAGGAAAAAAACACCCCAAAAAGCUUUAGGGAUUUUGAUAUGAUACUUUGCAUUUCUAAAUGGAAGAAUUACAUAUGAUUCAAAUUUUGGUUUGAUUUGCUUCAGACACAAAAUAAGAGCUGUUGUACAACCUUUGACUCCUGAAAUGGAAAUGUUAUGUCCUGUUUUGUCCAGUCCACUGUUAAAUAUUUUUGUGCCUUGAAGCGA